AGCCUCGCAGGCGCCUAGAAAAAAUGGCGGCUUCUCGAGUUCCGUUGGCGCAAUGGCCUUUGAUCUUUUCUUUGCACCGUCUGUUAAUCACCGAGUACAUUAACCAUUGCAGGCCCAGAGAGAUUCGAAGCCUAAGAGUGCGCAAUCACCCAAGGUUCAAGAGGGGCUGAUCAGACGCCGACUGUGCGCAGAGUGGAAGGAUUCCAAAGGGUACUAUACCUGUAUUGGAGCUCACAAUGUCUCUCAGUAGCAAAAAAUCACCUUUCGACGAUCGAACCAGACUCGCGCAUGCCCUGGGGUUCAGGGAUUACCCAACGAACACGACCGCCGUACCGUAUCUAAACUACAUCCUGAAGCAACACGCGGGUAGCGAAACAAUAGAAGACUACGUAGAGCUUUUCAUCGAAGUCAUCGAACACUUUCGGCCGGGCGCUUCUACGAAUAGAACACCAACGGACCCUACUAUACAAACACUCGUAGAUAGGUUUGCCUCAUCAGGCUUUCGGGAUGUAUUUGCGGACACUGUUGCGGGAGAUCACAGGCGGAGAGAACAUGUCGAAGACAAGGUCAUGUGUAUCAUUGGGACAUGGACCACAAUGUUGAGCUCUUUCCAAUAUAAGAACCGAUCUCGCAAGGUCGUGGCAGCAUAUAGCAUCUUCGCAGAUGCAACGACACCGCAGGCUGCAGCGCCAACUGCAUCACCUGCUACGACGCCUACGCUACCCAUUGUAACUAUGGCGCCUUACGACAACUCCAUUGCUAGUCUCAUCGCAAGCAGUGGUCUUCUCCCUGGCGGACAGUGGGAUCACAGGAUGAGCUUCGAGGGCGAUGCGACAAUGAAACUGAUAGCACUGAUGUUGAACACUCCAAAUGCUCUAAAUCGAACUUCAUUGCAGAAUCUGCUUGCUCACACUCCCGGGCGAGCCCCGCCCAACAUAAUAUCGCCAUACGCACUGUUGGAAGAUCCCAAUGCUCAAGAAUCGCUGUCCAUCAAGACAACACGGCUUAACGCAUUUACACUGAAUGUGCUCAGCGCUGUGGAUAUCUCGUGGACCCCUAAUGUCUCUCGGCAUAUGCUUCUCACUAAGGUCGGCGGACGGUACGUUCUGGAACUGUUCUCGUUGCCAUGUGCGUUUGAUGCCAUCACCUCUCCCACAGUUGCGAUACCGGUAGUACUUACCCAGGAGAUUAAAGAGUCGUAUGCUGUUUUGUUCAAUGCCUGGUUCGAUGCACCUUUGCAUGCGAAGUUCGGCUCAUUUGUUGGUAUUCGGAAAGUGUGCUGGUGCUGGUCAUGUUCCGCUUAUCGCUAUCGGCAGCAAUGCAUCACUGCCUGCAAGACACGCGCCCUGGCAAGCCCACGGCAGAAGAGGAAUGUAGCCUCUAAUCUAAGCCAGAGCGACUUCGACCCAACCCUGGAGACCUUGAUGACGAAACAGUCGGCAAGUAAUUGGACACCAGACGAUUUCCCUACCCUCUGGCCGCGCAUCGCUCGGCUUGAGCAACAUCUCCAGACUUCGAGGCCAUGGAGUCUUUGGGUGCUUUUUCGCGAUCGUAGGGACACGAUGCAGUUCUGGACAUUCCUGUUUGCCACGGUUGUUGUAUUUUUGACUGUCGUGCAGGUUUUAUUGGGGGUUGCACAGGUGGUGGGCUCCUUCAAGUAAUAUCUGUAUUCCAACAUCUGCAUUUUUAAAGGUAAACCCAAAGAACGUUCAGCCAAUGCCCUACAAGAUACUGUACUCUCUGCGAAGUUCGUCGGGCACUUGAAAUGCGCCGUAGAACGCUACUCUCCCUUCUCUCAACCUUUGCUCCAGAUGU